AUGGUAGUUCUUAAGGACUUCAAACGGGAAGAACUCGACUUGUCAGAUCCCGAUCAGGUGGCUAUUCUUGCUCGAAACCUAGCAGCCGGCUACAUGAUCUUUGGUGGAGGUCUCACCGUUGGAUUCAGCAAUCUUGUGUGUGGUCUCGCAGUUGGUAUCGUUGGUUCUGGUGCCGCUAUUGCUGAUGCUGCUAAUCCCGCUCUCUUCGUCAAGAUUCUGAUCAUAGAAAUUUUCGCGUCUGCCAUUGGUCUUUUUGGAAUGAUCAUUGGUAUUGUACAGACUAACAAGGCAACUAUGGGAAACAAGUAG